CGGAUGUGUGACUUGUGUAUCGAAUUUUUACAACGUGGUUUUUUUAUCUAUUAAAAUAAAGUGUAUAACAACGUGUUCUUGCAUCAGAUUCAGAACAGAAUAUAAAAUCUAAGCAUGGCCAAUGAAUCCUACAUCGAAAAUUUUACUACUGAUGAGGAAAUUGAAGGCUGGGUUGUUGGAGAUUAAUCUAUUGAGAUUCGUGGAUUUGUGGAUUCGAUCGAAGGAUUAAAACUUGUGGCCACAAAAACUAAUCCUCGUACGGCAUUAUAUAAAAUUACCGUCAACAAUGGAAGCAGGUCACGCGUCCGUGUUCUCUUUUGGACAAACAUGGCAAAAAAAUUUUCCCCAUUAAUUCAUUAUCGUUGCUCUAUUACCAUUACUGGUGCUAAAACACAACCAAAUGCGUAUGUAAGUCCGUCCGAUACCUUAUCUCCGCUUCAAUUAGUAAUCUUAUCAUCAACGGAUGUAAUUAUCAGCCCAAAUGAUACCAAAUAUGAUACCGAUUACUUGUCAGGUACUGUCAAAGAGGUAGCCAUGGAAGAUUUGGAAAAUGUUAAUGCUGUCGUCGAGGUCAAAGGAUACCUUAAGCAGGAAUUUCGGCAAGCAUCAUCUUAUGGUGACAAUCUUGAAAUUCCCUAAGGGAUGCUUAUUAAAAGUUCGCGGUAAAGCUAUCACACCUGCUGAAGGGCCUACUCAAAUGCGGGUCGAUUCAUUUGAUGACAUAACUCAUGACAAGGCCGUCGUUCCAUUGACACCGGAUCAGCUCAGAGCAUGCGGUAUUGUAUCUCCCAAGAGGAAAUAUGAAAGCAUUUCGUCGGAAAAUGAAAACAAGCGACACGCAGAGUGAUUACUAAAGUAAAGUAAUACGUUCAACUAUUAUCUAUGAGGAAGAUAGGUAAUACUGGUCUCAUUUGCAGUCUGAUCCUUAAAAUAAGAUCAACAAUGUGUUUAUCAAGGUUUAUUUUUCAUAUUUUUAAUGUAACUUAUUUUUUUUUAAUAAUUAUUACCUAUUUAAAGAAGAUUUUAUAACUACCUAUUUAAAAAUAAGAUUUUCAGUCUAAAUUAAAGUUAAUUACUGAAUUCGCAUUUUUAUUAUUUAUGAAAUUGCACUUGGUUCUCA